AAUGUGCGCGGACACUGGACAAGUCAGAGGCAGCACCACGUGUACUGUGUUGACUGUCAAAGCCUUCAGGAGCCCAAUUCCCGGAAGCUGUGAGUUCUGAAAGAAGUUCCUGCACUCGAGUCUGCGAGCCCCCAACCAUGAGCGCCCCGGGCGUGCUGUCCUUUACCCAGCAAGGCUGGGAGCAGGUGCUGGCCAAAGUGAAACGGGCUUUGGUCUACCUGGACGCCGCCUGCGCCGAGAGCCUGCACUGGGGCUGCGGAUCCACGCGGCUUCUGGAGGCGGUGGGAGGUCCUGAGUGUCACCUGCGGGAGUUCGAGCCCGCCGCUGUUGGUGGUGGAGCCAAGCAGCCUAAAGCGGUGUUUGUGUUGAGCUGCCUGCUGAAAGGCCGGACCGUGGAGACCCUACGGGAUAUCAUCUGUCGCAGUCACUUCCAGUACUGUGUGGUGGUCACAGCCGUGAACCACGCUGUCCACCUCACCGCUAAUCACGUGCCGGCGGCUGCAGCGGCCGAGCUGGAAGGGCAGCAGCCGGUGUUCGAGCAACUGGAGGAGAAGCUGUGUGAGUGGAUGGGCAAUAUGAACUACACCGCCGAGGUGCUCCACGCCCCGUUGUUGCUCGCCCCUGUGGCUCCCCACCUUGCCUUGACUCCAGCCUUUGCUUCCCUUUUUCCACUGCUCCCCCAGGAUGUGCAUCUCCUUAACAGCGCCCGACCGGACAAGAGGAGGCUAGGAAGCCUGAGUGAGGUGGAUGCCACAGCCCUGACCCCUGAGCUGUUUCUGCAGAUCAGGUGCCUGGUGUCAGGCCUCAGUUCUCUGUGUGAGCAUUUCGGCGUGCGGGAGGAGUGUUUUGCCGUAGGUUCCCUCAGUCGGAUCAUCGCUGCAGAUCUGGCUAAUUAUGCCCCUGCCAAGAACAGGAGGAAGACUGCCACAGGCAGGGCAUCAGUGGUCUUUGUGGACAGAACUCUGGAUCUCACGGGAGCAACUGGACAUCAUGGAGACAACUUGGUAGAGAAGAUCAUUUCAGUGCUUCCCCAGCUCCCGGGCCACACCAACGAUGUGAUGGUUAACAUGGUAGAGCUUACGGCACUCCAGAAUGAAGAGAAGAGUCAGAGUAUGGUUGCGCCAGGCUGUCUUGCACAACCCAAGGACGCGGCCGCCAAAGCCUUGUGGGAAGCCUUACUGAGCACCAAGCACAAAGAGGCAGUGAUGGAAGUGCGGAGACAUCUAGUGGAAGCAGCAAGCAGAGAAAACCUGCCAAUCAAGAUGAGUAUGGGGAGAGUCACUCCGGGGCAGCUCCUGUCCUAUAUUCAUCUCUUCAAGAACAACCUCAAAGCUUUAGUGAGUCACUGUGGGCUCCUACAGCUUGGGCUGGCCACAGUUCAAACUCUGAAACACCCACAGACUGCCAAAUGGGACAACUUUCUGGCUUUUGAAAGACUCCUUCUCCAGAGCAUUGGGGAGUCAACCAUGUCUGUUGUGUUAAAUCAGCUGCUGCCCAUGAUGAAGCCUUUGAACCAAAGGACCGACAAUGAUUACAGCCCUGAAGAAUUGUUGAUCCUCCUGAUAUAUAUUUACUCUGUUGGUGGAGAGUUUACAGUGGACAAAGACCUGGGGGAAGCCGAAGAAAAAGUGAAGAAAGCAUUGGCUCAGGUCUUCUGUGAAGAGUCUGAAUUGUCACCUUUGCUGCAAAAAAUCACAGGCUGUGACUCUUCAAUUAAGCUGACUUUUCACAAAUCCAAAAUUGCCGUGGAUGAGCUCUUUACUUCACUUCGGGAUAUUGCUGGAGCUCGGAAUCUCAUGAAACAGUUUAAGUCUGUGUAUGUUCCUGGAAAUCAUACCCACCAGGCAUCCUACAAGCCAUUGCUGAGGCAGGUUGUGGAGGAAAUAUUUAAUCCUGAGAAGCCAGAUCCGGUGGAUAUCGAACACAUGUCUUCAGGCCUCACGGAUCUCCUUAAAACUGGAUUUAGCAUGUUUAUGAAGGUGAGCCGGCCCCAUCCCAGCGACCACCCUCUCCUGAUCCUCUUUGUGGUGGGCGGGGUCACAGUCUCAGAAGCCAAAAUGAUCAAAGACCUCGUGCCGUCCUUGAAGCCAGGAACCCAGGUUAUCGUGCUGUCCACGCGACUCCUGAAGCCAUUUAACAUUCCUGAGCUGUUAUUUGCGACUGACCGGCUGCAUCCAGACCUUGGCUUCUGAGCAUCUGCAAGGAUGAGACUUACCUGAGCUGGAAAUACCGAUACCGUUAUCCUGUCACCGUUCAAGAUACGCCUCCCAAACCGGUGUCCCCUUGCUAACGGUGGCUACAACAGAAUUCUGCCUGAAGGGUCUUGGCAACCAUGCGGCAAAGUACUUUGCUCGGAUUCCCAACAACUUAAAAAAAAAAAAAAAAAUUACUUUCAUUUUUCUAAAGGUGUCAAACUGUCUUUCAGCCGGCCAUGUUUGACAUCAUCCCCGUUUCUCCUCAACCCUCUCUUUGUGGUCCUGAUUCCUGUGAUCCUGGAUUCUGUGAUCCUGGAAUCUUCCUGAUUCCAGCCGCAAGCUCACUGUUUCUAAAUAAACGCCUGUUGGCGAGUGUUGGUA